GUAAUUAUUUAGAUGCAACUGUCACUCCAGAUAACUGUCUUCAAAUUUCGCGCUAAUUUCUUUAAUUAGAGGGCUGCGUAUUUUCAGCCAAUCAGGUGCCUCGCUCGAUUCUGCCCGCAUUUGAAAUCUACUUCCGCUCGGGGUUGGUAACAUUUUUUCAGCUCGCGAAAUAUACUGUCGAUUUUUCGGCCAGAAUUUCACGAAAGGAUAGCUUACAACUGAAUAAUAAUUGAAAAAUAACACCUGCAGCAGCUAUGUCCAUCCGGCUUUUCUAUUCUGCGAUAAGAACACAUCUACGGUUGCACAAGGGAUUUGCAGCUGUUCCAGUGAGAUACUAUGCAGAUAUUCCGAAAGCAUAUCGCCCGUAUGGAAAAACAGGCGACGGAAAUUACGGAUCAACACUCGGAAAACACAAUGUUGGAUACGUCGAACCAGUACGAGAAAAGAUUCUCACUUUGGCCAAAACCAUUCCUUUCACUUCCAAGGACUCAGUCUUCAACAUUGGCGACUAUGGUGCAGCUGAUGGAUCCACCGCCAUGGCCAUUUUCGGUGAGUUGUUGGCAACUUUGAAAGAUCAUCAUGGCCCCGACACCCAGUUCCAGGUUAUCUAUGAAGAUUCGGAAAUGAAUGACUUCAACUCCCUGUUCAAACGUAUGUCAGGAAUCAUCCCUGAUCCGCCGUCCUACCUUCUGGAAAUGGACAACGUCUAUGUUCUUGCUUCAGGGACAAACUUCUAUCAGCAGUGUGUGCCUUCAAACUCAAUGCAUUUCAUCAUGUGCAUGGCAUCUAUCCACUGGUUGUCGAAGACUCCAACGACCUAUAAGGACUCAAUAUACAAAGAUGACAUGAGUAGUGCUGAGGAGAAGACUGCACUACACACGCAAGCCGAUUUGGACUGGGAGACCUUUUUACUGAGAAGAAGUAGAGAACUGAAACAGGGAGGUCUGCUUGUAAUAGGUGCCUGCUGUGAGUGUGUGGACAGAAACAGUGGAGAAAUUAGACACGUUGCUGAUUCUUUUAUACGACUGCUGAAUGAAGUAUGGAAGGAAUACAGCCAAUCUGGUAAAAUCACCAAAGAAGAGUUCUUGAAUACAAAUUUUUCAACUUGUUUGCAUAACAUGGACCAGCUGAGAAAACCAUUCGAUAACAAAAUGUCAGCUGUUUCAACAUCCGGAUUAUCAAUCUUGUCAGCGGAAACUGUGGUCAGUCCUGGUGUGUUUUACAACGCCUGGAGAAAGAAGAAGGACGAGGAAGGAAUUGAUGAUAGGGAGGAGUUUGCCAGGAUGUUUGUAUCCGCUCACAGGAACUGGAGCAACAGUACCUUCAUGAAUGGUCUUUCAGACUCCCGAUCACUGGAGGAGAAGGAGAAGAUAGUUGAUGGCAUGUACGACACUGUCAAGAAACGAAUUGAAAGGAUGAACCCAGAGGCAUUCAAGGAUGAUUUGAGAUUUAUAUAUCUUGUGAUCAGAAAAGAAUAGUCAACCGAGAAGUCAUGAAAGAAGAGCAGCCUUAGAGCCAUCUUCACAGGCAAACCAUCAUAGGUAAUUACAAUAAUAGACCUAAAUAUGUGUAAUCAAUGUGUAAUCCAAAAAUAAUUGAAGGUGUUCAGAACAUAUGAAAAAAUUUUUUUAUACAAAGAUACAUCUACUGAAAACUUUUUUUUAUUAUUUGCAGACAUGUUUAGAAGUAAUGAUUUUAGUUUUCCACAUAUAGAGGUUUGAUUUUUAUGCUUGCCGUAAAAAGCGCCAAUGCUUGUCGUAAGAGACGACUUACGGGAUCGGGUGGUCAGGCUCGCUGACUUGGUUGAUGCAUGUCAUAGAAUCCCAAUUGCGUGGAUCGAUGCUCAUGAUAUCAAUCACUGGAUUGUCUGGUCCAGACUCGAUUAUUUACAGAUAUAGCUGGAAUAUUGCUGAGUGCGGCGUGAAAUAACAAACAAACAAACAAAGAAAACUAGCAUUGAACAUUGAAUGUAAGCUGUAUUACCUGUCGACAAGAAUACCACUUUAAUGCUCCAUGUAUCAAACUAGCAUACCCUUAUGAAUUUACAACACCAAUAUUCUGUAAUCUGAAACUUGUUUGUGCUAGUAAAAUGCCCAAUGUAACUCGUACGAUUUGUUGUUGUUGGCUAAGUCUUAUCAGUAAUAGCAGUAAGAUCAUCACAUUGCAAGCUCCUUUAUCAGGUUUACCCUUGCGAUGUAAUUUCGUAGGGAACGAUGUCAACCUUACUCAGUAACGGAUCAUCCAUUUGUAGGCGUGGAAAGCAUGCCUUUUGUCAUAGCUCUGUCAUAUAAGGCCACGUAACUGUGGUCAACACACAGUUUAUCAUCCCAUGUCCGUGUUUGAAUCUGGGGUUAGUAUCAGUUCCUUUCUUUUCAAAUGAGCAUUAAUUUUGCAUACAUUGUUGAAUGUACAGAUAUGCUUUCAUCCGAAUACAUGGAAUCUGACACUAAGUUUGUUUCUUUCUUUGUUUGUUGUUUAACGCUUCACUCAACAAUAUUCCAGCUCCAUGACGGUGGUCUGUAAAUAAUCGAGUGUUGACCAGACCAUUCAAUGACAUGAUGAUCAUCGAUCCGCGCAAUCGAGAUACGAUGACAUGCAUCAACCAAGUUAGCGAGACUGACCCAGGUGAAGUGAAGUAAUAUUAACGAAAGGGUGAAAGGACUGAUAUGGGUCUGUGUAUUGGGGUUUGUCCAAUGGUUAGCCCUUUAUUUCCACAAGUGGAGACACAGGACAGACAUAUUAUGCAGCCAGUACAGGGCUUGUGUAUCAGUGGUGUAGGUUACUUAAGAAAUAAACGACGAGUGGGAGUUGUUUUAUUGUACCGUAAAACUGCAGGGACAACCAUAAGCCAUAAACCACAAGGGGCUCAGCCCUGAGUGGUUAAACUCCCUCCAGUGUUUUAUUGUACGAUAAACAAGUCGUGUAUUUCUUAUGUUAGAUAUCAACAUUAUGUAUGGCAACUUUCAGGAUGUUGAUAAAAUGUGCCUGCUUUAAAAAUAGUUAGCUUAAUAUUGAAAAUGAUGACACUCUGAAUAGAAUCCGACCUCGGCAAUGUCGGACAAGUCUAUUUGAAUAUCUGUACCUUUUCUUUUAAUAACGAUUAUCCCAUUCUCCCACUUUUGGAUGCGAUCGUUUGGCCACUGCGUUUAUAGGUGUAUACCAGCUACAUCUAUGGGGAACAACUCACUGGACACUUCUCUCUCAAAAAAUAUAUGAUGCGAUCACGUUGCGACCGCAUAUUGGAAUCUCCAAAAAUGACGUCAUGAUAGAACAAUGCUUUAUCGUGCAACCACGCUUCGUUCUCCAUUGCUCCUUGCGAUUGAGCGUGUAGCUAUCUUAUAUAGUACAUUACCCUUUUCUUUGUUUGUGAAUCUGACUACCUUGUUCCAAUCGAUGUUACUUUUAUGAUGUAAAUGGUUGGAUCGUGGUCUCCGUGAAGAGCGGCCAUUUUUUUUCACGUGUUCGCGUGAAUUGACAGACGUCUAUGUGUGGCAUGUGUGCAGAGAUUCUCCUUUUUUAUUUUAUUUCGAAGUUUUUUAUUCCAAAGGAAAAUCCCCACCUCACAACUGUCUGGUCACAGUAACCGAGAUCGUUACCUCUGAGGUAUCCAGUGAAAGUAUAUUAUUAUUAACGUAUUAUUAUUAUUAUUAUUAUUAUUAUUAUUAUUAUUAUUGACGGCUCCCAAAACGGUACAUAUUUUCCAUUGUCACAAAGUAGUUUUAAAAAAUGUAAAAAGUCCUUUCGAUCCAUAUUCUCAGAAAAUAAGUUGUCAAAUAUUAAAUGCCCAACAUACAUUUUACUAAUACUUAC